CUUCAUCAAUUUCAUCAUUCACAUUUCCUCUAUACACCUUCCCUUGUUGGUGUACGUCUUUGUGAAAUAUGGCUUCUAAGGCUCUAGCUUCCGCUGCCCUCCUCCUCUCCCUCAACCUCCUUUUCUUCACCAUGGUCAGCUCUAAUUGUGUCCCUUGCUCAUCACCCCCAUCAAAGGGUCAUAAACACCAACCCCCCCACAAGAACCCACCAUCAACUAAGCCCACUCCGCCCAAGAAUCCACCAUCAACUAAGCCCACUCCCCCCAAGAAUCCACCAUCAACUAAGCCCACUUGUCCCAAGGACGCCCUUAAGUUGGGUGUGUGUGCUGGCUUGUUGAAUGACUUGAUACACCUUGUUGUUGGUACUCCUCCUAACACCCCUUGCUGCAGCCUCAUUGGGGGUCUUGUUGAUCUUGAAGCCGCUGUUUGCCUUUGCACUGCCAUCAAAGCUAAUGUCCUGGGGAUCAACCUAAACGUUCCUUUGUCAUUGAGCUUGCUGCUAAACUUCUGUGGAAAGAAGGUCCCCUCUGGCUUCCAGUGCGCAUAAACUUACACUAGAUCUUACCAUCGUCCUAUCCUAUAGCUGUUUUCCUAUUUCACUUUUCCGCUGGUGUGUUUGGAAAUUUGCUUGUUUAUUGGCGCACGCUAUAAACAUUUAUCAAUAAUUUCCUUUUGGUGUUUUCGUUGUUUUGAUCGAUGGAAUAAGGUCCCUCACCUUCUUCUGCUUUAGUAGAAAUUGGGGCAAUAAAGCUUUAAAAUAAACUCAGAUAUUGUUUCAAAAUGAAAUGAAUUUUUGUUCAUUGUGUUA